AUGCAAGAUGCGCUUACUAUAGGAAUCGAAGUUCUUAGUAUUAUAGCCCUGCUGCUCAAUCUGAUUGCUAUUCACAUGCUCUCUCGCACUCGUCGACAGAGUAUUGGCUCAAAAAGCAUUUAUGUUAUAGUUGCUGUUAUGAACAUCUUUCAACUAACGUUGUUCGGACUAUCAUCACCGGUGGGAAGACCUAAAUAUCGCUUUAUCUACCAUUCUGUAUGGAUUAUCGCACCAGUCAUAGCGAACUUCUUAAUUAUUCUGAACUGGAAUGGUGGUGUUAUGCUCCAAUUAUUUCUUCAAAUUCAUGAAAAAGUCAAAAGGGACGACAUGCACAAGUUAUCUGCGACGGCGUCGCUAGCCGAAGCCAGCAUCGGCGAGCAUUCUUACCUUGGAUUCUGCAGUGAGGACAAGAGAAACUGGAUCCAAUACUCCUUUUUUCUUGAGACAUCGGUUACUACCGUAAUUCUUUUCGCCAUUGCUAUACAUCUAGCUUAUCAAGUGAAGAAAAAGUUAAAAGAGCCUUCGCUGAGCAAGAGAACAGAACAGCUGCAACGUCGUUCCAGCAACAUGCUUCUUGCUCAGGCAAUCAAUCUUUCUGUGUUGCUGCCAGCUCCUCUGCUUCUGCAACCACUCUUCCUGGAGUUAUGCGGUCAGAGCAGUCGAGGUGGAGUGAAGGACUGUGCGUUACCGCUAAUACAUCUCGGAAACAGCUAA